AAACUUGUAAGUUAUACUGUGUUGGAUUUAAAGAUCAAUGCUUCGAGGGUAAAUUAAGUAAACAUAUUUCCUGAAUGACUUCGGGCGCAUUUUCAUUGGUCGAUAAGGCCCGCAUUCGGGGUGCGGGAGAUUUCUGUAACGCAUGCCAUAGGGCCCGCAAAGAGUUUAUCGUUUUCACUGGUCGUCAGAGCCCGCAUACGGGGUGCGCGUGAUUUCUAUAACGCAUGCGAUAAGGCCCGCAUGCGGGGAGCCAUUUUCACUGGUCGUUAGAGCCCGCAUUUGAAGUGCGAGAGAAUUAGGUACCUACAAUUUGGCAGUGGGUUUUGAGAUAAGCAGACGUACUCGCCAUGGAUCAACAAUUAUUGCUUUGUGGAGCAAUUUUGACUGUUUGCGGUGUAUUAAAAAAGAAAUUAAUAACUUCUUUGAAGAAAAAGAAAAAGAGAUUUUGGAUGCGACAUUUGCUUAAAAGUAGAAAGAUGCACGGUGCUUCUGAUACGUUGUGUGCGAACUUGAAUCCGGCAUUGGAAUGUGAUGUAGAAGAUCGUGAUAAUUUUUUCAGAAUACCUAAAAACUUAUUUGACGAUUUAUUGAGAAUGGUAGAAGAAAGAAUUGAAAAAAAAGACACAUUAUAUCGUGAGGCUCUUCCUGCAAGAUUAAAACUUGAGGUCACCUUACGUUAUUUAGCUACUGGAGAAUCUUACAAAAGUUUAUAUUACUUAUUUCGUGUGUCCCCUUCUAUUAUGAGCAGUUUUAUACCAGAAGUGUGUGACGCUCUCUAUGAUGCACUGGCAGAUUAUAUAAAAGUCCCAAACACAGAACAAAAAUGGACGGAUAUAAAAACUCGAUUUCAGAUAAAGUGGAAUUUUCCCGGAUGUAUUGGGGCAAUUGAUGGUAAACGUAUAAACUUGCGAGCUCCAGCCUGUAGUGGAUCUGAGUUCUAUAAUAAUAAAAAAACUUCUAGCAUCGUUUUACUAGCUUGUGUCGACGAUGAUUAUUCAUUCACUUAUAUUGAUAUUGGUGCAAAGGGCAGACAUUCUGACGUCGGAGUUUUUAGUAAUUGUUCUUUAAAACGAGCAAUCGAUGACGGUAGUCUGAAUAUUCCAGCAGAGAGUGUCAUUGUUGCGGAUGCUGCAUUCCCGCUUCAAAAUAAUAUAAUGAAACCAUACCCGGGAAAUAAUCUAACGACGCGGCAAAAGAUUUUCAAUUACCGCGUUUCAAGGGCUCGGCGGAUUGUAGAAAAUGCGUUCGGUAUAUUGGCGAGCAGGUUUCGUAUUUUUGAAAAACCAAUAGCCAACAACGUCAAGGAUACCAUAAAAAUAACGAGGACAUCUUGCGCGCUUCAUAACUGGCUAAGGAAAAAUGAUCCUAACUAUCUUGAACCUGGACUUGCGGAUUAUGAAGAUAUCUCUACUGGUAUAACAAUGAAUGGCUCCUGGAGACAAGUGCCUCUUCGAAACUUCGAGAACAUGGGAGAAGAUAAUACCUUAACUGAAAAUGGGACAACAGUUCGGGACAGAUUCGCUGAUUACUUCAGCAGUGAAGGUGCAGUGCCGUGGCAAACGAGAUUUAUUCACUAACAUCCCGGAACAAUUUGAGGGUAGACUGCACUAGGGACAGACAUAACAAGACAGAACCCACUAUGAUAAUAAAUCAUGAAGUACCUAUAUAAAAAAUAUAUUCCAAUUGGAUCAUCAAUUCAUUAACAUUUUUAACUGAACACCUCAUAGGUAUCACUACUAACCUAAACACACAUUUUUUCAGUAAUCUUUAAAAAACAAACUCGCGAGGUGUUUUUUUUUAUGAGAAGUGUAUUAGAUUGUCUCGUGUUAGUCCAAAAAAUGUCUGAAUAAUAAAAUAUAAAAAAAAAAAUAGUGAUAUUUUAUAUAAUAUUAUAUUUCUUGAAAAUACAUAUUAAAUAACCUACUUAAUUAGGAUUGUCUUUGGUAACAUAAAUAAAAUUUGUAUACUUACAUUUCAAAAUGUCUUCUCUUUAUUUUUAAAUGCUCUUAAAAAUCCAUCGGCAGUUGAAAGCCAUGACACCUUCGGUUUCUAAACAAUCUCGGUCGCUUCCGGAUCGAGGGCUCUUUUCAAUUUUAUUUAAUUCUUGAUAGUACGAUGACCUUAAAUUUUUAAUUUUUUUUGGUAUAUCUUUGUCUGAGAUGCCACUAAUGUUUAACUUUUCCGCAAUUUGUUUGUACGCACUUUGUCUUGCGUCAUGACUUUUAUACAAAGCACUCGUUACGUUCCACAAACAUUCGUAGUCUCGAUAGAUCUCUACGAGUUUUAGCAUCUGUGAAUCCGGAAACCGUUCAGCCAUUUUGCUCCCACGCUGCGUAAAUAAAAAGCGUUAAUAAUAUAAAUAAUGCGCGUAGUAUUGAUGACGUCUCAUAAAUGACUGAGCGGAGGCGAGUCACCGUAUGAUUUGUAUCGACCGACUAGUUUCAUUGGUCGUUAUCCCGAAUGCGGAUAUCACCCGCACACGUUUAAUCGACCGAGUUAUCGACCAGUGGAUUUCAUUGGUUGUUAGCUCGCAUGCGGGUACUCCCCGCAAUCGGGCUAACUACCGACUUAUCGACCAAUGAAAAUGCGCCUUUAAACAUAUUUCCUGAAUGACUUCAACAGGGUCUCCAUUGCGACGUAUUCUUGAAUAUCACUAUUUUUGUUAAACGUUACGGAAGAUUUUAAAAAAAAUGAAAUUAAGUCGUUUCCUCAAAAUUUCGCUUGAUUUUUUGAUACAAAUGUUAUUUUCAUUAUAAGUUUUCUGUCAUAUAUGUUCCUUCGAUAGGAUUGUUUUGCAUAAAAAAUAACUUUUGCUCUAUUAUAGAAUGUAUAAUUAUAGUCAGGUAUAUUCAUAAAAAGAAAAAUAAAAUUAGUUCGCUCCGUUUUUCACAGCUUCCACAGAUAAUUAAAUGUUAUUCAAUGAUUACUUUUAUAUAUUAUCUGUGAAUUUCAUUUCAUGGAAAAUAAAAGAAAAUAGAAAAGAUAUUAUUAUAAUCUGACAGUCGAAAUGAAACUUCAAUCACGCCUAACAAUUUAUUAUGUGUACAAAUUGGGAUGUUUCUCUACAACUGUUCUGAUUUCCGGCGGAAGUGACGCCAUCUUGCUCGCGAUGAAGAACUUUAGCGUGUCUCUGAGGGCGUGAGGGAAGUAGGCCUCGUCGAUUUCCUUUGCGAGUGCUUUGUAACACGAUGGCACCUUCCAUCUUAUUUUGUAAUCCUUGUUUUCAGACUGCAAAAAUGAUAAUUGAAAAUGAUAUAAUGAUAUAUGAUAAUGAUAAUGAUAUAUGAUAAUGAUAAUUAAUUUGCCGUUAACGCUGUUCGCUUCGUUUUUAUUUUAUUUAAUGCUCAUUCAUCAUGAACUAAUAGCGUCUGUGAGAACUCGAUACUCUCAGUAUGAAGUUUUUCAUUGUAGACUUGUGUUAAUGUAUUACGGAAUUACUAUACAUAUAUAAAUGACAGCUAUACUAGUUUUUGCUCGCGACUUCGUCUGUUUUAGUUUCGGUGUUAGAAGUGAACAGCCGACCGGGUGAACUCUGUUCCUCCUUAAAAACAGUAAAUAAGAUUUUGGUUUUUACCAACUUUUUUUCAUUAUGCGUUAGGAAGAGAUAUAUCCUGUACUUUUCCCGGUUCCAAGCUAUCUCUCCACCAAUGUUAUGUUAUAAAUAGUAUAACUAACACGAGUUCCUAUUAUACGAAGACCUAUUUUGUAAACCUUAAUGAGUUGCAGUGCCCUGAGCAUGUUGUUGGCCAGUAUCCACUGCUGCGGGGCUCUCUGUAUGGUGGUCCGGCAUAGCUUCCUCUGACUGUCGCCCUCGCUGGCUCCCCAAACACAACACAACGCCUCCACAUAUGAUACGGUGAGACUCUCCGGGUCCUUGAUGUUCUGGAAUUUUAAUAUAUAUAUAUAUAUAUAUAUAUUUAGUCUUGACCAGUGUAAAAAAAGUUAUGUCAGAUUUGAUUGAGCGUACUUAUGUUGUAUUUAUAUAAUAUCCGCCAUCUUAGAUUUAAAAUAUCAGAACAUAAGAAACAUGGACUCAGUGAGUAUACUCAUAGACAGACGUUUUAUUAAUAUUUUUGAAGGUACUUUGUAAACUAUGUUUUAAAAAUGUGAUUUUCAUAUUAUUUCAAAGGCUUUAUGUUAAGUGUUAGGUAAUAUAGCCAUUCUAUACGGAUAAUAUACCUGUAAAUGUGCGUCAAUGACCUCUGCUAUAUCACCGCCCAGGCGGCUCAGGUUCUCUAAGGUUGGAUCUUUGAGAAAUCUCCCAAUAUCCGUCUCUACUUCCUCUAUGCCUGUAUAACAUGAAAAAAAUUUUUAUACCACUAUGUGCUAUAAAUUAAAAAUAUUAUUGAAUUUAUUUAUAACUGAA